UGUAUGCGCGUUCACUGACAGGUAAACUUCUCGAAGGAGUUCCGCAUCAGAAUCAUUCUUUUCUUAAAGACCUAUUCUUCUUCUUUUUCAGAAAACAUCACAAAAGAAGAUUCUCAAUACUUCCUAUUAACCCUUCUAAAGUUAAGACCAUGUUCAUCAUCAUGGACAGCAUGGGCAUCAUGAUGGACAGCAUGGGCAUCAUCGGUGUCCUCAGUUUAUUUCUGAUCGUGAAUGAUGCUUCGGUUGUGUUUGGAGAUAAAGAUGAGGUGAAGUCGAUGUCGAUGUCAGUGAAGGAGGGAGAUUCUGUCACACUAUACACUGAAAUUGUUAAACAGAGAGAUGAUAUGAUCGUGUGGUAUUAUGGACCUAAAAAAACUUUUGUUGCAACAAUCAAAGGAAAGGUUGGAAGCACCGAAUUAUCUAAAGAUGAGAGAUUUAAAGAUAGAAUGAAGCUGGACGAUCAGACCGGAUCUCUCACCAUCAACAAUCUCACCACGAAUCAUUCUGGGGUCUACAAACUGAAGAUCAGCAGCAACAAUACAGUCUCAUACAAGAUAUUCAAUGUGACUGUCCCUGCACAUCUGCCUCUUCUUGUCAACAGUAGAGACUUAACACAAAAUUUUUCAUCAUCAGAUUCUCGUGAACUGAGGAUCAUUAUAAUUAUAAUUGUUUUUGUUCUUCUGAUCUGUGUGAUGAUCAGCAUCAUUGUCUACAGAUACAAAAGAGAAGGUGAUGAAGAGAGUCUCAUGAAAAGAUCACCUGCUGAAGAACCUCUGGUGGAUGAUGAGAGAAUCGUCUAGCAGAAUCAUAGUGAAUAUUCUGCCUGGGUCUCCAGAUCAGUGAAAACAACACGUUCUGCGUCUCCAGAUCCAUGUCUUCUCAAACCGAAUGACAUUGACUGCGUCUCCAGAUCAGUGAAAACAAAAUGUUCUGCGUCUCCAGAUCCAUGUCUUCUCAAACCGAAUGACAUUGACUGCGUCUCCAGAUCAGUGAAAACAAAAUGUUCUGCGUCUCCAGAUCCAUGUCUUCUCAAACAGAAUGACAUUGACUGCGUCUCCAGAUCAGUGAAAACAAAAUGUUCUGCGUCUCCAGAUCCAUGUCUUCUCAAACCGAAUGACAUUGACUGCGUCUCCAGAUCAGUGAAAACAAAACGUUCUGCGUCUCCAGAUCCAUGUCUUCUCAAACCGAAUGACAUUGACUGCGUCUCCAGAUCAGUGAAAACAAAACGUUCUGCGUCUCCAGAUCCAUGUCUUCUCAAACCGAAUGACAUUGACUGCGUCUCCAGAUCAGUGAAAACAAAACGUUCUGCGUCUCCAGAUCCAUGUCUUCUCAAACCGAAUGACAUUGACUGCGUCUCCAGAUCAGUGAAAACAAAACGUUCUGCGUCUCCAGAUCCAUGUCUUCUCAAACCGAAUGACAUUGACUGCGUCUCCAGAUCAGUGAAAACAACACGUUCUGCGUCUCCAGAUCCAUGUCUUCUCAAACCGAAUGACAUUGACUGCGUCUCCAGAUCAGUGAAAACAAAAUGUUCUGCGUCUCCAGAUCCAUGUCUUCUCAAACCGAAUGACAUUGACUGCGUCUCCAGAUCAGUGAAAACAAAACGUUCUGCGUCUCCAGAUCCAUGUCUUCUCAAACCGAAUGACAUUGACUGCGUCUCCAGAUCAGUGAAAACAAAACGUUCUGCGUCUCCAGAUCCAUGUCUUCUCAAACAGAAUGACAUUGACUGCGUCUCCAGAUCAGUGAAAACAAAAUGUUCUGCGUCUCCAGAUCCAUGUCUUCUCAAACCGAAUGACAUUGACUGCGUCUCCAGAUCAGUGAAAACAAAACGUUCUGCGUCUCCAGAUCCAUGUCUUCUCAAACCGAAUGACAUUGACUGCGUCUCCAGAUCAGUGAAAACAAAACGUUCUGCGUCUCCAGAUCCAUGUCUUCUCAAACCGAAUGACAUUGACUGCGUCUCCAGAUCAGUGAAAACAAAACGUUCUGCGUCUCCAGAUCCAUGUCUUCUCAAACCGAAUGACAUUGACUGCGUCUCCAGAUCAGUGAAAACAAAAUGUUCUGCGUCUCCAGAUCCAUGUCUUCUCAAACCGAAUGACAUUGACUGCGUCUCCAGAUCAGUGAAAACAAAAUGUUCUGCGUCUCCAGAUCCAUGUCUUCUCAAACCGAAUGACAUUGACUGUGUCUCCAGAUCAGUGAAAACAAAAUGUUCUGCGUCUCCAGAUCCAUGUCUUCUCAAACCGAAUGACAUUGACUGCGUCUCCAGAUCAGUGAAAACAAAAUGUUCUGCGUCUCCAGAUCCAUGUCUUCUCAAACCGAAUGACAUUGACUGCGUCUCCAGAUCAGUGAAAACAAAAUGUUCUGCGUCUCCAGAUCCAUGUCUUCUCAAACCUAAUGACAUUGACUGCGUCUCCAGAUCAGUGAAAACAAAAUGUUCUGCUUCUCCAGAUAAUCUGCCUGCAUCUUAGUUUCAUCUCAGAUCAGUGAAUAUCAUGGCUCUAAGUCUGAGCCUGUGAGUCUGGUGGAGCAUAAAGUAAACAGAACAUAAGCAGUGGUUCAUGUUUUGGGUACAAUACUCCGCCUGGUGUUCAGAUGAAAGAUCAUCUGCCCCAUUCACAAACAAAAUAAUUCCUUAAGUCAAAUGACUAGUUUGCUUGCUAUUGUCUUGAUUCAAUGUAAACAUCACAAUAUAAAAUUAUGUGGAUUGUAUUUCAUUUUUCUUAUUUUCUUUAAUGUAUUUCUUAUUCUUUCUAAAAUAACGUCUAAUGAAACUUAAUGCUACAUUAUGUUUUAAUUUUGCAUGUAACUUUUUUGGCAAAAUCAACAACUUUAAUCUAAUAAAAUGUAGAUGCACAUCAUAGGGUACAGUGGGCCUAACUUUCCUUCUUAAUUCGUGUCUGUGUGUUCAAUUGGCUGUAUGCUUGGUAACACCUUAAUAAACCAUCUCAUGUAUGCAAA